AUGUGGAGCCUCCUCUUCUUUGUCGUUCUUGCCAGGUGCCAGGCAGACUGGGCAGAGACCAUCAACCUGGCUGGGAUGCAGAGGACCUUAUCGCAGAUGAUGACCAAAGAGUUCCUCCUCAUCUCUCGCGGCACCGACGUGGAAGACAACAAGCGGAAGCUCUCUGAGAGCAUGGCGAGCUUCGAUAGCACCUUGAACGCCCUCUUGGUGGGUGACAGCGCCCGUGGCAUCCUUGCUGCUCCGAACCAGCAGGUGGUCACAGCACUGGAGAAUGUGAAUGCGGUUUGGGUGACCAUGGAAGCCCUCCUCCGCGACAACGUGGACACGGUGCGCCACGCCGAUGGCUCCCUGGACAUGAUCGUGCUCGAGGCGCUUUCGACGCAGAACGUGCCCCUCUUGGACACCUCCAACGAGGUGGUCCAGGCCAUCGUGGAUGCUGCGAAGGUUUCAGGGGCGACCACCAAUGGCCUGGUGCAGGACAUCGCGGGGCGCCAGCGCACCCUGAUCCAGAGGCUGGCCAAGGGCAUCCUCUUCUUAGCUCAAGGCGUCGCGAUGACCUUCAACAUGCAAGCGUACCGCAACACCAAGAGUCUGUUCGAGACCUCGCACGAUGGCAUCAUCCAGGGUGUGCCCUUCGCGGGGCUUCCGGUCCUUGACAAGCUCUGCACCCUUCACCAGAUGACUGAGGUGAGCUUCUACUAUGCGCAAAUUCGGCCAUAUCUGACUGGCAUCACCAAUGCCGACACGCCCUCGGCGAGCCAAGCGGCUGCUGAUGAAGUCGCAGAAGAGAUGUGUGAGUUGACUGACCCUUUGUUCGACGCCAUGGUGGAAGCUGUGAAGCUCUUCGGUGAUGAUGACGGGAACUGCGACCCUGCAGCAAGCAUGACCCAGAACGACUGGCUCUCCUACUUCUCCACGUUGACAGAGCAGCAGCUCCUGACGCAGCAGACGUCGCAGUACUUCAUGCAGAUCGCCCUCAGGAUCGAUGUGAAGACAAGCAAAGUGGAGAUCACGGUGCUCACGUCGGGUGCCUCCAUGAACCUUCGAAACCUCAUCGAGGGGAGCAAGAUGCUGGGCAUCCCCGCUCCACCCUCGCAGGCUGUGGUUGACCUGCUCUUGAAGGCCCGAGAGACUUGGGAUACCUUGGCUGCCGAGAUGAGCCAGGCAGUCCAUUUGGAGAGCAUAUCCUCGGUGACUGUGGCAAGGGUGGAGCAGCUGAGCAACUACAUUUUGGUGGAUCUCGAGAACGUUAUGCAGCUGAGCCUUAGCAUGGCGAACGUCUCAAGAGCAAAGGCUAUUGACUUGGCUAGCCAGCAAGCAAGGUUGUCUUCCAGCAUGACAGAGUACGCUUGCCUCAUCAGCUCCGGGCGGGAGGUGGCUGAGAACUGGGACAACUUGAACGCCACCCGAGCUGCCUUCGAGAGAAAUCGUUGGACCUUGUUGGAAGGGGCUCCGGCCACUGAGACAGGCCCAGCUGUGGAGAAGAUGAGCGAUGUGUGCAUGGUGCAGCAGAUGAAGGAAGCAACGGAUCUCUUCGGCGAGCUGGAACUGGCGGCUCUCGCCGCGUCGAACGGAGACAUGGCAGCGCUGACUCCCUUAGUGGAGGUGAGCCCCAGGGCCGUGAAGGCCUUCGAGGCGGUGGCUCUGGCAUUGCAAGGCGCAGGCACCUGCCGAAAUGGCACCCUGACGGCAGAGGAGUGGAUCCAGCGGCACCAGCAAGUCUCGGAGCUCGCGAUCCUGAGCCAGGAGGUGUCCGCCGAGUUCGUGAUCCUUCAGCAGGGCAAGAGUCCAAACCGCCGACAGCUCGACAGCCUUCUGCUGGACAUCGAGGCGAUCAUGCGACGAGUCCUCUUCGGCUCCUUCCGACCUCCGGUGGUGCAUUGA